AUGGCAGUUACUUUUUGCCACCCGUGGCACUUGGCGACCCCAAGUCUCGCUGACAAGCAGACGAUAUGCGGCAAAGCUGCUGCUGAGCCAUGGUGGACAGUAACUGAGCUCGCAAAAUGGGCAACGCAAAAGUUUCAAGUCCCCGUCAAGCGCACCACUCUCCACGGCAGUCUCAAGCGCAAGCGCGACUAUACAUUCAUUCCAGGCACGCACUCUCUCCGCAAGCGGCUCUGCUCCUCCUCACAGCAGAGUGUUGAUGAGCUGCUCAUUCAGAAGAUCCAAGCCUACAAGGCAUGGCAUGAAAAUGCUACGAUCACGGGUGCUACCGUGAUCAGCAUAGCCUUGCGUGAAGGGGUGCAGUUGCCCAGCGGCAUGAAACCUAGCCGUGGGUGGCUGUACCCCUUCAAACAGCGAACUGGAUUAUGA